AUGAAACACAUCUGGGCAGCCGCGUUUGUCUCGCCCAAUAUACUACUCUGUUUGAUAGAAGAGCCAAACUCGGCAGAUGUCUAUCUUCAAAUCACGGAUCAGUCGACGCUCUCCCCGCUGGCUCAGCGGAUACUACUCGAGCCAAAUCGCAUGGCCCAUUCAUUCAUUUCCUUUUCAUCCCGGGUUGUGCCCAAAGUACCUCGCCUUGAAGUCGACUCUCCCAAUUUGCCACAUGAUCUGCCAAUCAGUCCCUAUAUUACAGAUGAAGAAGCCAACUGGACGAUACGAGUCGACGUUCCUGGCCCCUUCGCCUUCUUUUUGAUCCGGACGCACGCAAUAUGUCGGCAAUUUGAAGCCAGAGCGUCGCAGCAUGCCUCGAGAACAUACGACUAUCGGGAGGAUUCGUUCAGAGAUAUCAUUAUCCGAUUCUCGGAUCUUGGGGUUGACCAUUUGCAAGGUGGCGAUGACGAUGAUGCCCGUGCACCGCACCUCGCAUUGUUUCCUGCCAAUCCCGAGUACCCUGCAGUUGACUCAAUGCUCUCGGAACUGAAUGCGAUUAUGGAUGAUUUCUAG